CGCACUGGGAACAUUUGAGUGCUGAACAGCUGAGAGCUGCUUUUGGAUUGUCUGGAAUGUGGUAGAUGACCUGACGGAGCAGGACUUUUAUGGAAACUCACAGGCUGGGAGUAACAGCAGCCAAACUGCAUCCAGUCUGAUGAGAGGAGCAGAAGAGCUCAGACUGGACUAGAGUGUAGUGCGCAUCGACUCUACACCACAGCCUGGGGGGCAGACAUCGCAGGGUACCCGGCCUGGCACAGCAAGAGGACGGCUCCGCCAGGGAUACUCCUUUUCCUCGUCUAGACCCUCAACGGGGGCGCUGACCACUGAGCCCUUCAACUGGAGAAAGGCUGAUUAUUAAAGAAAUCCGAUUUACGGGGGAACGCCAGGGAAGGGGAAAUAAUCAUGAAUGACGUGGCCCAAAAAACUGAGAUUCUGCUUUCUACAUCUAAACCUGUCCAAAAAACCUACGUCCCUAAACUUGCCAAGGGAGAUGUAAUGAAUAAGUUUGAGGCCAUGCAGAAAGCCAGAGAGGAUCGAAGCCAGAGGAGGACGACGGACGAGAGGCAGCGGAGGAAAGAGCAGUAUAACAGGGAGAGGAUCUGGAACAAGAGGAAGCAAGAGAUAAAAGAGUUACUGGCUUCUGAUGAAGAAGAAGAAGAAGAGAAUACCCCGAAGCAGGUGGAAAAAGGAUACGUCCCGAAGCUCACAGGAACUGUUAAAGGAAAGUUUGCAGAAAUGGAAAAGCAAAGGCAAGAUGAAGAGCGAAAAAGGAUGGAAGAGGAGAGGAAACGGAGACUUGAGCAGGACUUGAAGGAGAAGAGGAAAAUUCAACGUGAACUGGCCAAGAAAGCAGAAAUUGAGGACAUUAACUGUGAUGGAAGUGACUCGGAAAUGGAGGAAGAAACAGUGGAAAUAGAAGUAGCCAUCACAACAGCAAAGCCAGUCAGAUCUCCCGGGAAAAUAAAUGUCAACUUUGAAGAUUUGGAAAAAGAAAGGGAAGAACGAGAAAGAAAAAGACGUGAAGAUGAAAAAAAGACAAGAUAUGAUGAGCAUAGGAAGUCAUUCCGAGACGCUAAGAGACGUUCCACUGCUAUGGAUGAAACAGAGACUCAGGACAAGAAGAGCAAAGAGCAAGCGACUCCUGGAAAACUAAAAUUAACCUUUGAAGAGCUAGAAAAACAAAGGCAAGAGCAACAGAAGAAGCUUACAGAAGAAGAGGCUCGCCAACGGUUAGAGGCAGAGAGGCGAGCCUUUGAGGAAGCGAGGCAAUACGUGGUCAAUGAGGAUAAUAAUGAAGACGACGAGAGCCUUCACACACACAAAGAAGAAUUCCGUCCUGGCAAACUGAAGCUGAGUUUUGAGGAGUUAGAAAAACAGAGAAAAGAGGAGGAGAGGAUGAGAGCAGAGGAGGAGUCGAGGAGGAGGAUAGAAGAAGAGAAAAGAGCAUUUGCGGAAGCCAGGAGGAGCAUGGCUUGCAAUGAUGAAGACGCACACGGACUUGAACUCCCAAAAGAACAUACUACCCCUGGAAAACUGAAAUUAGGCUUUGAAGAACUGGAAAAACAGAGACAAGAAGCAGAGCAUAGGAGGGCGGAGGAGGAGGCUCGAAAGAGGUUGGAGGAAGAGAGGAAGCAGUUUGCCGAGGCUAGAAAAACCAUGAGCCCAGACCAAGAUAAUAUUCUUCAGGAUAUGGAGUGUUCUCACCUGGACAGUUGUGACGCAUGCAAAGAACCAGAUGAAGAAGGCUUGCCACUGAGCAAAACCACUUCUCAAGAAUCUCUUGCCCCAGGUAAACUGGAAAUCAAGUUUGAAGAACUGCUCAAACACAAAAAGGAGGAGGAGAAGAGAUUGAAAGAGGAAGAAAGAAAACAAAAGUUCGAACUUGAGAAACAAGAGUUUGCACAGUUACGAGAGGAAAUGGGAGAGGAAGAAAUAAAUGAAAGCUAUGAGGUUUUAAGCACAGAGUAUGAAGAACUGAUCAAAUUGAAACGGACUGGAUCCAUCCAAGCCAAAAACUUGAAAAGCAAAUUUGAGAAAAUUGGUAAACUAUCUGAAGAGGAAAUACAGAAAAAAGUGGAAGAGGAGAGGUUAAGGAGGAAAGCCACGGAUGAAGAGCUGAAAGAACGGGAAGCAGAACAUUUCCAUGAGGAAGAGGAGGUUGAUGUAAGACCAGUCGUCAAAAGCAAUGCUCCAUUCUCGCACAAGGUCAACAUGAAGGCUCGAUUUGAACAGAUGGCAAGAGCCCGGGAAGAGGAAGAACAGAGAAGAAUUGAGGAACAGAAACUCCUAAGGAUGCAGUUUGAACAGAAGGAAAUCGAUGCUGCUUUACAGAAGAAAAAAGAUGAUGAUGAAGAAGAGGUGGCAAGUGUUAAUGGUUCACAAUAUGAAGAUGAAGAACUUGCACGUUCUGGGGCUCCUUGGUUUAAGAAACCCUUGAAGAACAUGUCUGUAGUAGACGGAGAACCCGUAAGGUUUACUGUUAAAAUAACCGGAGAGCCAAAGCCUGAAGUAACAUGGUGGUUUGAAGGGGAGACGCUGCAGGACUGUGAAGACUAUCAGUAUAUUGAGAGGGGAGAAACGUAUUGUCUUUACCUACCUGAAACCUUCCCGGAAGACGAAGGGGAAUAUAUGUGUAAAGUAGUGAACAGCAGGGGCACGGCUGCCAGCAGCUGCAUCCUCAGCAUUGAAAGUAAGAGUUAGUGCUUUGGAAAGUCAUUGCAUGGUCCUAACACGCUGGGUCUCUCUCUCACUCUGCUCUCUUCUCUCGCUCUAGCUGACGACUAUUAACAUCCUGCUUUAACUGGAGACUUCCUUCUGACCCUCGCUGCAAACCAGCCUUUCUUCAGCGGGCCGAGACACGAGAAGCGCCUCUGCAUUAAUCUGGCAUUCCUGUAGUACUGGCGCUAGGUUGCAUGCGUUGCUGCACUUGAGAAUAGAUGAUGUGAGGGGUGUACAGGAAAACGCCUGCACAGUGUAAAGAACAGCCAACGUUUUAUAGUGUAUUAAAUUGCCUUUGUGGGUCAGCAACCUGACUUUUCUACGAUAAAUAUUUUGUUCGUGAAAUAUCUUGUGACGCGACUUCUUGAGUAUUUUGAUCCAAUUUGCUAAUAAAGAAUUUGUUUAACCUUUAA